GUGGCUAAGUAUUGAAAGAGUUUGAGAUGGUGAUGUCAGCUGAGUUCAGAAAGUAAACAGAGUUCCAGACGGCAGCAUGCUGUCUGUGGAACCUGGACUUCAGCUGGGGCAAACAGAUGGGCGCUCCGACGCGAUUCCUGGGACCAGCGCAAUUAUCAGUGGGCGGCCAGGCUGGUUCCUUCUCAUUUACCUCCUCAUCUUUAUCUUCGUACCUCAAGGGAGCUCCUGGCCCAACAAUUACAGGUAUUUGUACAACCACUGCCCAGGCCCAGAGUGGAACGUCAUGUGCAGGGGAUGUUGCGAGUAUGAUGUGAUUCGCUGCAAAUGCCCCCUGCAGGGGACUUCGGUGGGUUACGCUGUGCCCUGCUGCCGCAACGCUAUCAAUGAGUGUGACCCCUGCAUCAUCCAUCCAGGUUGCAGUAUUUUUGAGAACUGUAAGCGGUGCAACAACGGGACAUGGGGUCCCAAAGAUGACUUUUUCAUCCAUGGCCAAUACUGCGCUGAGUGUCGUCCUGGAUGGUCUGGUGGUGAUUGCAUGAAGUGUGGUGGGGUGAUCCGCAAACGUCAGGGCCACUUAGUUCUGGAGAGCUACCCCAACAACGCAAGGUGUGAGUGGACCAUAGAGGUGGAUCGACCCUUUACAAUAGAACUCAGGUUUAUGAUGCUGAGUUUGGAGGUACAUCAUUCUUGUCGCUAUGACUUCGUGGAGGUCAGAGAUGGUGACAGCAUCAACUCUCGUGUUGUAGGUCGGUUCUGUGGAAACAUCAGACCUGCUCCCAUUCAGAGCUCUGGCAACAGUCUCCACAUUCAUUUUGAGUCUGAUGGUUACAAGAAUUUUGAUGGCUUCUUUGCUACAUUCCAGGAGAUUUCAGCUUGCAGCUCCUCUCCUUGCCUACACGAUGGGACAUGUAUCCUUGACAGCUCUUACGAUUUUCACUGUGCCUGCCUGGCCGGCUAUACAGGCCAGCGGUGUGAAAAUGUAGUGGGAUGCCGCAGGCCUCCUGUGCCCACCCAUGGAUCCACACAGGGAGUGUUUCAUCGCGCAGGGGCACGAAUCACUUUCCACUGUGACGCAGGGUUUGAGUUGCAGGGAUUAAAGACUGCCAUCUGCCUGAGUGAUGGCACCUGGAGUGCACCUGCCCCACAGUGUGUUCCAGUGGAAAGAGUAUGUGCCCUACCACCAAAGCCAAUACACGGGGACCACUUCUUGGUUUAUGGUCCCAAUGAUGUUUUAAUUGCUCUCCAGUACCUUUGCCAUCAGCCCUAUGAACUCAGUGGAGUCGCUCAAAGAACCUGCCUUCCGAACAACACCUGGAGUGGAAGUCAUCCUGUCUGUAUCAAAGUGAAUAACACACUCACCGAAGCAGAAAAGGACAAGGAAGCUGGAAAAAAGACAGGAAAAGGUACAGAUAAAGACAAAGAAAUACAAAGUGAGAAAGAUAUCAGCAAAGCUAAAGAAAAAAGCCAAGAGAACACAGGUAUAAAUAAAGAAAGCGAUCAUUGGAGUACAACAGCAGAAGACAAAAACACUGGUAUUAUUCCAGUGAAAACUGUGGCCGAGGAUAGGAAUGAAGAGGAAAAAAAUAUUGGCCGGGAGAAAACGACUAGCAGCAGUGAAGAUAAAAUAGGUAGUGUCGGCCCAGACAAUGCCCUGGACAAAGACGAGAAUAAAGAACCUGAAAUAGUAAAACCUGGGAAGAAAGAAGACAGCCAUUCCCCAAAGUCGGAGAUGGAUAUUACUGACAUAGUGCUGAUAAAAGACAAAGGACAAAGCCAGAAGGAAAAAAAAGAGGAGCAAGUGAAUGGAAAGAAAGACUCUGGCAAAGUUGGACCGAACGACACUAAGCUGCGGAUGGUUGUCUCAGAGGAAACAAACACAGUAGAGAUAUAUGAGCAGGAAAUGGCAAAGAACAACACAGUCACGGAUGGUAUGAAUGACGUAAAGAAAAACAAUAAUACGAUAGCUUUACCAGAGAGGAAAAUAAUUCCCUCGAGAAUCAAUAUUACACAGUAUACGCUGUAUAGAGCAGGAGGUGAGGAAAGUGGGAAACCAAAGCAAAACCCACCAAUUAAAGAGGGCAAAGCGGAGACAAGUCCUACUGACGAACCAAAGCAACUUGAUAUGGAUCAAAAGGAGAAAGAAAAAGAGAAGGACAUAAACCAGAGCUUCAUUGAGAGGAGCUGCCCACCUCCCCCUCGCCUUCAUCAUGGUUAUCACAUGAUGAUGCCAGGGGCCAGGCUUGAGACAGUGGAGUUCUUCUGUAACCACUCCUACGCUCUGAGUGGAGACACCCUGCGAAGCUGCCAACCAGAUGGUACCUGGAGUGGCCAACAGCCCCUGUGUGUUCGAGCGUGUCGGGAGCCCAAAGUUUCAGAGUUGGUCAGACAAACAAUUCUCCCCCCGCAAGCACCAUUCAGAAAGACGCCAGUACAUAAGCUGUACUCGACUGCAGUGGGCCGACAAAUCCAGUCUGACGGCCCCACCAAACGGCCACCAUUACCUUCACAGUUGGCUCCGGGUUUCCAUCACCUUUACACACAUAUAGUGUAUGACUGUGCUUCUCCGUACUACCACCACAAUGGGAGCCCUCGGCGGACUUGUCUCAAGACAGGGAAAUGGAGUGGGCGCCAUGUAUCUUGUUCACCAGUGUGUGGGAAGCAUCCAACCUUUAACCCUGAGAGGCUGGGAGAGGCUCAUUGGCCUUGGCUAGUGGCCAUCUACCGCCGCUCCACCAAUGGUGCAGAGACCAAGGUGACCAGGGCAGAUAGCCACUCUGGAUCUGUAAAGAAGGACGACAGCGCAAGCGCUAGCAACCAUGUCCGGGCUUCUGACUGGCAGCUGGUAUGCAGUGGGGCUCUGGUGAACCAAAGGAGUGUUGUGGUUGCAGCACACUGUGUGACACAGCUGGGGAAGGUUUAUCCUCUGGAUGCAGCUAAAAUCAAGGUAGUCGUAGGGAAACACUAUCGGGCCGAUCACAGGGAAAAUAAAGGUCUCCAACACCUGAGGGUGGCCGCCAUUGUUAUUCACCCAAACUACGACCCCCAUAUUCUUGACUCUGACAUAGCUGUCAUCAAGUUACUGGACAAAGCAAAAAUUGGAGAGAAAGUGCAACCCGUCUGCCUGUCAGACUUUCAGGGUGAGGGUGAGAUGUCUGGACAAGGGCUUGUGACAGGCUGGUCCCCACUUCCUGACUCAGGUUUGGGUGCCGAUGAAAAAGCGAGAGUUGGCGUUGUUCACCUCGCUGACAUCGUCCCAUGCGAGCAGCAAUACGCCCGUAAUGGCGUUCCAGUCAGUGUUACUGACAACAUGCUGUGCGCAAGCCAGAAGCCGAACUAUGGACCCUCUAACAUAUGUCCCUCCGACACUGGGGGAAUCCUUAUCCUCCCUGCACUCACUGACAACAAGGAGAAUCCCUCUGUCAUCUUUACUCAAAGGGGAAACAAAAGAUUUUGGAGACUUCUGGGACUAGUAAGCUUUGGCUAUGACCAAGGGGAGUGUGAUCCUGAACUCUAUACAGUCUACACUCAUGUAGCAAGCUUCAAAGUCUGGAUCGAGAAUAGUAUGAAAUAGAAAUCUUCUUGUAUGACUAAAUAUUUAAAUAGCAUCUAGCUUUCUGUUCUGCUACUUUUGUUUUCCUGUCCAUUCUACUUACAUUCUCAUCUCAUUUUUCUAGUGUCUUGCACAAGGACAACACUGGACCACACAGUGCUCUAAGUGAAGGGAUCCUCACACAUUAAAUGUUAUUUUAAUCAGUCUUUGAUCAGAAUACGUCUUGUUCGUCAGUCUGAGGUUACAGACUUCAAAAUGACAAGUUCAUCCUCAAACAAGGAUGUAAUCGAUUGUAUGUACACAUUGGUAUGUACUGUAUAUACAGGAUAUUGUAAUGUAUUGACUUUAACAUUAAAUAAUAUGACUUAGUGAUGUACAUAUUGUAUUAAAAGACAGGAACAAAGAUGUUUUUAAUUAAAGAAAGGAAGGGAA